CUCUCCUAAUCGAGAAAUUGCAUCUCCUUUACCUUCAGGUCAUCUUGAGACUGCAACUCGAUUUUGGCAAUUUAAAGUUGAAGAAGGUCUAAUUACUCAUGUACGGUAUGGUAACAUCCGCCCCGAUGGUAGUCUCAUGGAACGAGCCAUACAUGUUCAACACCAUUCAAGUUACCUCGAUGCAAAAAAAUUUGUCGAAAAUUUAGUAGAUGAAAAAAUCAAAGCCGGUUAUGUUG